AAUAUGUUCCCUCUUGGUGAUCAUGCAGAAGGAGGAGAUGAAAACUAACCCCACAACUCAGCUCACAACUUAGCUUCCAUUGCCAAUCCAGAUGUAGUUACAGCUCAACUUGCUACCAUGCAACAACAGUUUGAUGUCUUUCAGUCAAUAUUGGCUCAGCUUUUAGCUCAUAAUAAUCCUGGUGAUCCCCUCAUCAAUUUACUCAACCCUACUCCACAACCCUCAGCUCCACAGCAAGACCCCCAACUAGUUCAGCAUGCUCCCACUCUCAGCGAACAACGAGGUGUCCCACCUCCACACCAUAUUGCUGACUCCAUACCCCAUCCUCUGAACACCAACAUCACAUUGGAACCCUAUCCUGUUGGCUUUAAAAUACCUCAGCUUGAGACUUAUGAUGGGAUGAAGGAUCCCGAUGAUCAUCCACAUGCUUUCUACUAUUGUAUGCAAGCUCAGAACGCCUUUGACGCAUUGAUGUGCAAAAUCUUUCUCUCUACUCUCCAAGUGUUGGAAGUUAGCUCCAUCGGCCAGACUGUGGGAAUUGCAGCUGUGAUUUCAAGUCUUAACCAUGAGAGAUUCAGAGACAGUUUGAUCAAGCAUCUUGCUGCAACCUUUAACGAGAGUAGGAAAUGGAUGAGGACAGCACAAAACCAAGGUCCGAUGUCGACCUCCACACCAAGAUUCGGAAAGUCGAACUCAGCACCUCCACAACAAUUUGCAGUGCUGGUUAAAAAGGCAAAUGGUAAAUGGCGAAUGUGCAUUGAUUACGCAAAUCUCAACCAAGCUUGCCCCAAGGACUGCUAUCCGAUGUCGAGCAUUGACAAAUUGGUUGAAGAGGCUUCGGGAAAUGAGAGAUUAAGUCUCUUGGAUGCAUAUUAUGGGUAUCACCAGGUGCCGAUGGCUCCGGAGGAUGAAGAGAAAACCUCGUUCUAUGCUGGUGAUGAAAUCUAUUGCUAUGUCAUGAUGCCAUUUGGCUUAAAGAACGCAGGUGCAACUUAUCAGAAAAUGGUGACCAUCGUCUUCCAAGCCCAGAUCGGCAGGAAUCUGGAAAUUUAUGUCGAUGAUAUUGUCAUAAAGAGCCUAAAAGCAGAAGAUCAUUUAGCUGAUCUCGAUGAAACUUUCAAUAAUCUUAGAAAAAAUAGAAUGCGGUUAAACCUAGCCAAAUGCAUCUUCGGUGUGGAGUCUAGGAAAUUUCUAAGCUUCAUGGUUUCUCAAAGAGGGAUUAAGGUCAAUUUAGAAAAGAUCAGAACAAUUACCGAGAUGGAACCACCAAAGUUAGUGAAAGAUAUAUAGAGGUUAACUAGAAGAGUGGCAGCUCUUCAUAGGUUCAUAUCAAAGUCAGC